CCAUUGGGGAGGGGCCUGUGUUUCUCUAUGCUCCAAGGAUGUGAUGAAAAUAUGGCUCUGGCCUGAGCAGAGGAAUUUGUGCCUUGGCACUGUCUCAGGGUGUUGCAGUGGGUGGGAUUCUGGAUUGGUCCAGAACAGGAGGGCUUCCUGGAGGAGGAAGCACCCAAGAAGCCAAAGAUGAGACCUGCAGAUUGUGUGGUGGUUUGUGCCCCAAGUGAGGGUCCCCAAGUUCACAGCAGGGAGAAAGCCAGCAAUGAACAUGGAACCUGUCUGGGCAGCACCUCCAGUCCCUAGAGAUUGUUCAUGCAGCAUUUUACCCUUGACAUGGUGGACUUAACUUGACGGGAGACCACAAGGACAGUUUGCAUGACCAACUGCCCAACGCUCAUUGUCAUGGUAGGCCUGCCCGCCAGGGGCAAGACCUACAUCUCCAAGAAGCUGACUCGCUACCUGAACUGGAUCGGCGUGCCCACCCGCGAAUUCAACGUUGGCCAGUAUCGCCGGGACAUGGUCAAGACAUACAAGUCAUUUGAGUUUUUCCUUCCAGACAACGAAGAGGGCCUGAAAAUCAGGAAGCAGUGUGCCCUGGCGGCCCUCCGUGAUGUCCGGCGGUUCCUGAGUGAGGAGGGGGGACAUGUGGCGGUUUUCGAUGCAACGAAUACCACCCGAGAACGGAGAGCAACCAUCUUUAAUUUUGGAGAACAGAAUGGCUACAAGACCUUUUUUGUGGAGUCCAUCUGUGUGGAUCCUGAGGUCAUAGCCGCCAACAUCGUGCAAGUAAAACUCGGCAGCCCUGAUUAUGUGAACCAUGAUAGUGAUGAGGCCACGGAGGAUUUCAUGAGGCGCAUUGAGUGCUAUGAGAAUUCGUACGAGUCAUUGGAUGAGGACCUAGACAGGGAUCUGUCCUACAUCAAAAUCAUGGACGUGGGACAGAGCUAUGUGGUGAACCGUGUGGCUGACCACAUCCAGAGCCGUAUCGUGUAUUACCUCAUGAACAUCCAUGUGACCCCCCGCUCCAUCUACCUCUGCCGGCAUGGGGAGAGUGAGCUCAACCUCAAGGGCCGGAUUGGCGGGGACCCGGGACUGUCCCCUCGGGGCAGGGAGUUUGCCAAGAGUCUGGCCCAGUUCAUCCGUGACCAGAACAUCAAGGACCUGAAGGUCUGGACGAGCCAGAUGAAGAGGACAAUCCAGACAGCCGAGGCCCUGGGUGUGCCUUAUGAACAGUGGAAGGUCCUCAACGAGAUCGAUGCGGGCGUCUGUGAGGAAAUGACCUAUGAGGAAAUUCAGGAUCAUUAUCCACUGGAGUUUGCCCUGCGGGACCAGGACAAGUACCGGUACCGGUACCCCAAGGGGGAGUCUUAUGAGGACCUGGUCCAGCGGCUCGAGCCUGUCAUCAUGGAGCUGGAGAGGCAAGAGAAUGUGCUGGUCAUCUGCCACCAGGCUGUGAUGCGCUGCCUCCUGGCCUACUUCCUGGACAAGGCAGCAGAACAGCUGCCCUACCUCAAGUGUCCGCUGCACACCGUCCUGAAGCUGACCCCUGUGGCUUAUGGUUGUAAAGUGGAGUCAAUAUUCCUGAACGUGAUGGCUGUGAACACGCACCGGGACAGGCCUCAGAAUGUAGAUAUCUCGAGGCCUCCAGAGGAAGCCCUGGUCACGGUCCCUGCUCACCAGUGACCAUGUCUCAUCCACUGUGAUCCCCAGGCAGGUACUGAUCUCUGCAGAUGAGGUCAUUACAGGCCCCCUGGUCCAUGUGACCGUUUCUAUGCUGGAACAUCCUCAAUGCCACACCUGGCUGGUGGCGCCCAGAGCCCCCGCACCAGCCCACCUGCUUCCUUGUUAAUGGCAACAGGGUUAUAUGUGGUGCCCGACCUGCUGCUAAGAAUCAUUUGGCCAGACUGGGUCUGCCCUGGGCUGGUGAGAAGUUUCCUAGCAACCCGGCCUUCUGUUGCAGCUAUGAGGUGUCCUCUCACCAGUCGGUUGGCUUUGUGAAGUGUGAAACCCUAAACAUGGAACAGAAAGCACUUGCUGUGGUGAUCCCAUCAGGGCCAAGCUGUCUGAGGUGGACCUGGGGGCCCCAGGGACUCGGCUAUCUCCUCUAUGGCCGCUUCCUGAGCCAGAGGCAAUGACUUCAUGGUGGCCUGAGCUCCACUGCCUUGGAUGAGAGGGAGAGCUCUUCCCAUCUUGCCCUGCCUGGACCUGUAGAGUCACCAAGACAGGCACCUUCACUGGCUAGGCCACUUGUGAGAGCAGUGUGCUCACUUCAACACCACAUGAUGCACAGAACACACAGGAAGCACGGCCUUUGUGAUCACCACUUCUCAGUUGUGCACACACUGGAACACUGGUGAGAGCUGGUGGCCAAGGCCACCCCUGCCCACCUGUUGCGCAACGAAAGCACGCAAAGACAGGGCGGUUGUGUGAGUUCUUCCCAGUGCACACCCAAGUGCUCAAGGGAAGGGCUGCUGUCCCAUCUUCCCUCCUGGCCUUGCCUGCUAGGCUACCUCUCGCACGUUGCCGCCUGUGUCCACACAAGAGUGUGCCCCGGUGGCCAAGACGUGCAUUUGCUGUGAACGAUUCCGAGAAAAAAAGCCCAUCCUGGCGUUCAUUGACCUCCACAAGUGGGACUGAGCCAGGGAAAGGGCGGAAGCCUGAGGUACCCUGUCCAUGGGAGGAUUUUCCCAGCCAUAUCACAGCUUUUGAUUCACGUGCACGGAAACCUGGCAGAAAGCGACCUCGGAAGGCUACCAUCUGUCAUGCCCGUGCAUUCUUUUGGGCCCAGAGAGGCAGGCUGGGCAAUGGGUUUGGGCUCCAUUGUAUAGCUGGGCAGGAGGCCUGGCCAGCAAGUUGUGAGGUUGGGUGAGGAGGUGUCUGGAUCUGUAGUCGGACACUCUGCCUUGCACAGGACCCAGGAUCCCAAGCCCACCUUGUACCCAGAAGGUUCCCUGGCAGAACAACUCACCUUUCCCAGCCUCCUGGGGCUUUGCAUCCUGCAGGCGCCACCUGCCCCUGAGGGAAGUGUGUGUCCCUGCCCCAGCUGGUGGUCUCUCAGCUUUGGAUGCUGCAGUGGCUGUGGACAGACACGGUGGAGGGCUGGGGCAGGAUCUUCUGGACUUACCUUCUGCCAGAGCCCCAAGCCCUGGACCCAGGACCAGAGCACCAUGCCACUACCUUUGGGACUGCAGAGUUUUGGUGACUUGGUCACUUGGACACACUUUGUGGCCGUAGUGGGUCUCUUUGGUUAGCGGCACUUACAUCUGGAUAUCCCCACCUCUCCAGGACCUCAGGCUGGCUGAGGCACCACCAAUGAGGCCUUUCCUCUGUGCCCAGAGGGCAGUCAAGAGCUGCUGGACCUGCAGUGUCACAAGGCCUGGGAUAAGGCAGAAGGAAGCCUGGAGGCAUGGCGUGGGUCAGGGCCUCUCCUCUCUGCCUCUGCCCUGGAGGGGUCUCUGCAUGGUCAGCAAGCCACUGGGUUGGCCACUGGGUUCUAUUCAUGAUGGUGGAUGUGCUUGUGAUGAAGACGGUUUCCCUUUCUCUGCAGAAUGGGUGUUGUUGGAUCUCAGCCACACAUCACACUGUGUCCAGCAUUCUUUGCAAUAAAUACUUUAUUAAAUUAAAAAAAAAAAAAAACGACUGGGGCACCUGGCUGGCUCAGUCAGU